AUGUUUUUAAAUAAUAUCUCAGACUCAGAUGAUGAUGAUAAAGAUGCCCCAAAUGUUUGUUUAGAUACUCUAGGAUUAAGUUAAGAAAUUGAUAAUAAAGUAUAAAGUUUAAUUAGUUAGCAAGUUAACCAAAGUUUUAAUUAAGAAUAAAUACUAUAAAAAGAAUUUAGGAGGGGAAGGAGCAUUUUAUGAAAGCAAUGAAAUUGAUCUUAAUACAUUUACAUUUGAAAAAAAUGUAUUUGAUUAAUGUAGAAAAUAAUCCUUAGAGUCAGUAGAAAUUGAUUAAUUUAAAUUGUUAGAGAUUCCAUAAGGAGCUUCUUAAGAUAUAUUAGAUCCAUUAAUUUUAUCAAAAUAAGUUAGUUAAUCUUAAUAAUGUUAAAGAGAUGCAAUAGAAACAAGUAAUAAUUGGGUAUUGGAAGAAAUUUAAAAAUAAUAAUAAUACUUAGAAUAAUUAGAAAAACUUGAGUAAUUUGAAAAAUUAGAACAAUAAGAAUGCCAAAUAGAGAUUUGCAAUUUUUAAGAGACUUCAUUAUCAGAUUUAAUUUCUAUUCCUCCUAUAUGCCCUUAUUCUGAAAAAAUUUCUCAAAUCUAACUACCUCAACCCUUGUAAUCGUUUUUAGUUAAUUCAAUACCUACAGAAGGAAUGUUUCAAUGCAAAAUAAUCAGAGAUCAAUCAGGACUAAAUAGAUUUAUGCCAAAAUAUAGAAUGUACUGGUGUUAAAACAGCCAAUUUUUAUUAGCCGCUAAAAAAUCUUUAAAUAAAAAUAAGUAUAUAAUUACACAGGAUCAAGAAUUUCAAUAAAACGAUUAAUAAAUAUUAGGAAAAGUUGAAUAAAGCAAAUAAUCUAAAGCGGAUUAUUAUUUAUUUGAUAAUGGAUAGAAAAAAAAAGAAUAAAAUGUUAAAAGAUUGAGAACUCAAAUAGGCAGUGUGUUUUUUGAUACUAAUUAGGAGAAUAAAGGAAGACCUAGAAGAAUGGCUUUGGUCUUAAGAAAAAGCGAAAAAGAAAUAGUUUAAUUUAUUAGUAGAAAACCAUAAAUAAUAAAUACUUAAUAAUGUAAAAAAUAGAUAUUCAAAUAUAGAAUAAAAAUUGUACUCUUUAGAUUUUUAUGGAAGAGUUAAAAAAGCUUCUGUAAAGAAUUUUUAAUUAGUAUUAAAAGGAGAAGAAAAAGAUUUAAUUUAUGUAUAAUUUGGUAAAAUUGAUAAAGACUAAUUUCAUCUGGAUUUUAUGAGUCCUCUGAGUCCUUUGAUUGCAAUGCAAUUAGCUCUUUGUAAUUUUAAUUAUAAAGGAAAAUCAUGAUAUUUGGG